CCCGCAGUGGGCUGUGGAGAGAACACCCCUAUCUUCAGCCCACAAUGUAGACUCAGUGACCCCAAACUUGUGGCAGAAGGCUAAGCCCUUGGCUUAAUCACAUUAGCAGAGCUUAUGUCAAGGGGCUUUAAAACCCUGAGCCUGGGCGGCCAAGCAGAAGUGAAGCAGGAGCCAGGCCUGAGGAGCUGGUCAGGGAAGGGCAGACUCUGAGGCCGACUAAGCCCUUGGCAGGAGGGCCAGUGUGGGGCCGACAUGCCAGUGAUCAAUAUCGAAGACCUGACGGAGAAGGACAAGCUGAAGAUGGAAGUGGACCAGCUGAAGAAAGAGGUGACGCUGGAGAGGAUGGUGGUUUCAAAAUGUUGUGAAGAAGUGAGGGACUACAUCGAAGAGAGGUCUGGUGAGGACCCUCUUGUGAAGGGAAUCCCAGAGGACAAGAACCCCUUCAAGGAGCUCAAGGGAGGCUGCAUCAUUUCCUGAAGGCCCUGGAACACUGAGGAUCAUGGAAUGAGCAAGAUGCUUCCAAAUUAGUUUAAAUAUCUUUGCUGUAACAGACCAGAAUGGAAAGAUCCAGUAACAAAACUCCCAGGCUCACCAUUGUCUCCAUGGGAAUUGGGGCAGCCUUCCCACCUGCAGGGGUGCAGAAGAUACAGACCACUGGCAGCCAACUGAGUGCCGCUGUUCUCCCCCCGCCCCCUCCUCCCCAUACACUCUCAGGGUUCACUUUUAAUAAAGA